GAUGUAUCUGAUGGAAUGAAAACAACACGUCGAUAUGGUCGCGCGAUCCACGAGCAUGCGUCAGGACGUGCUAGACCCCCAGCGCUUGCUCCCCAUCGCGGACAUUGUAGCAUCCCGUGCCAUGCCGAAGCGCAGGAAAGUCUACGCGUCAUUGCGUUACAGGAUCUACAUUUCCAGCCGCGGCCCAUAUCGCCUCCUUGAUGAUAACGCUGCGAUGUUGCACUACCC